AUGACUACAUUUAUUUGUAGUUUUUGUUCAAAAAUAACAAAAGGAGGCGUUUAUAGGGUGAAACAACAUCUUGUUGGAGGUUAUAGAAAUACAACAUCAUGCAAGAUAUGUCCGGACCAUGUGAAGGAAGAAAUUAAGGAGCACAUGUCCAAAAAAAAGGAGAUCAAGGAACAAAGAAAUCUUAUACCUGAUAUUGAUGACGAAGAUUUCGGUAUGGAUGAUGAGGAUGAGGAUGAUUUGGUCCUAACUAGUUCGAGUAAGAGACCUUCUAGUCAAAGGCCAAGUUUAGACCCUAAGAAGCCAAGACAGAAGGGUUCGAUUGAUGCAUUUUUUACUCCUAAUCCAGAGUCAGUAGUUCUGAAUCGAAAGAAUGAGAAAGGCAAACAAACGACACUCAAUGAAGCUUACAAAAAGGAAAUGAGGGAGCGCACAGUACAAAGAAUAGUGCGGUGGUUUUAUGAUUCCGRUAUUCCUUUGAAURCUUGCAAUUACGAAAGCUUUGYGCCUAUGGUUGAAGCAAUAGGACAAUUCGGCCCURGACUAAAAAUAYCAUCUUAUKAUGAGCWUAGAGUGCCGUUGUUGAAAAAAGAGUUMGAAGCAACACAUGAAUUGAUGAAGAGUCACAAGGAAGAGUGGGCCAAGGUUGGAUGUACUAUCAUGGCCGAUGGAUGGACCGAUAGGAGAGAGAGGACAUUAAUUAACUUUUUAGUUAAUAGUCCUAAAGGCACAAUAUUUAUUGAGUCCAUUGAUGCUUCAUCUUAUGUCAAGAAUGGAAAGAAAAUGUUUGAGUUACUCGAUGAUUUUAUCGAGCACAUUGGAGAAGCCAAUGUCGCACAUGUCGUUACUGAUAGUACUUCAGCAAAUGUAAUGGCGGGGAGAUCAUUAGAAGCAAAACGACCAAAUUUAUUUUGGUCACCAUGUGCUGCUCAUUGCUUGGACUUGAUGUUGGAGGACAUAUUCAAGAUCCCAAAUAUCCGUAACACAUUGAAAAGAGGCAUGGAGAUCAGUAAUUUUAUUUAUGUUCGCCCAGGAUUGUUAAAUAUGAUGAGGCAAUUUACGAAUCAGAAGAAGUUAGUUAGGCCAGCUAAGACUCGCUUUGCCACAGCUUGCAUAACAUUAUCAAGCAUACAUCGUCAGAAGAAUAACUUGAGGAAGAUGUUUACUUCUGAUGAAUGGAAAAAUAGCAAAUGGAGCAAGGAACAACAAGGCAAGCGAGUUGUUCAGACAAUAUUGAUGGCAUCAUUCUGGAAUACAAUUGUAUUUGCUCUUAAAUGGUUGACAGGGAGAAUGGAUAGUGAUUCUGAAGAGGAUAAUGAUCUUGUCUUUGGUGAUGACUCCUUAACAUGGGGUGAUGUUUCGAGAGCUACGGGAGUAAAAGAACCUGCCUAUCAUUCUAGAGCAAGUACGUCAAGGUCAAGAAGUAGGACUACAACUGGAGCUUCAAGUGCUUCUCAAUCCACACAAGCCACACUCAUACAAUUGAUUGAUGACGAAGAUUACAUCGAGGAGGAAGAUGCAGAUGGCUACAAGCCUAAUGAUGAAGAGAAUGAAAAUGAUGAAAUUGAAGGACUAUUUAGUGAUGAUGAGUUUGAUCUUUGGAUUUUCAUUUUGAACUAUCAUACUUAUACUAGUUUAGGAUCAUUUUCAUGUUUUUGUGGACAAUUGAUUCUUUAUGCUAAGAUCUAUGAUGUUUUCUAA